AUGGAGCAGCAGCUUCCUGAUAAUCCAGAGAGGCUUGAUACUUACUACUCUGUCAUGGGCUCUGAGGGCUUCAACUCAGGGACUCACAGCUGGGACGUCGAGGUUGGAGAAAUUACACUUCGGGAAGUAGGUGUGUUUAAGGAGUCUGCAGACAGGAAGGGAGACAUUGUCUCUGGAUUAUGGAGAAUAUUGUUUAGGAAUAAAAAAUGCAGCGCAAUAACUCCAUCAGAUGAAGAAGUUAGUCUGUCAGUGAGAGGACAUCCUCAGAGGAUCAGAGUCCAUCUGGACUGGGACAGAGGAAAGCUGUCAUUCUCUGAUCCUGACACUAACACACACAUACACACUUUUACACACACUUUCACUGACAAACUGUUCCCAUAUAUCUGGACUUUAGAUUCACCUCAUCUGAAGAUAUUACCAAGGAAAGUUUUUGUAUCAGUGAAACCAUAA